AUGUCGUGGCAAGCCUAUGUUGACAAUUUGCUGAGCUCUAGUAAGGUUGAUCAGGCGGCAUUGUACUCUCGUGCCGGAGACUCUGUGUGGGCGUCGAGCGCCAACUUCAAUGUCUCUGCAGACGAAAUUACCAAGAUCUCCAAGAGCUUUGACGACCCGUCGGCUCUUCAAGAACACGGUCUGUACGUUAACGGCCAAAAAUACUUUUUAUUGCGUUCUGACGACCGCAGUAUCUACGGUAAACACGAUGACACUGGUGUCAUUGCUGUGCGCACCAAGCAGGCCAUCCUGCUUGCUCACUACUCUCCCCCCACUGUGCCCGGCGAGGCUACGCAGGUGGUUGAGGCCAUGGCCGACUAUUUGAUUAGCGUCAAUUAUUAA